AUGUAAGCUUUACUCGUCCUUACUGGGCAAUCAUUCACAGGAACACGUUGUUUAGUUUAACGGUGUUCAGGGCUAAAGGUGAAGCCUUGAUUCAAAUGAGUUUUCAGCCAGGACUUUAAAAUGGGUGCGUGGAGUAUGUAGUUAUAAUACAUGGCCAUUGUUUUGACGCCGACAAAGCAGGUAGUCGACAUUGUCAGGGUUCAUAAAGAAACAAGUGGGAUUGUAGCCCUGACAGUAGGUGAUAAACACUCGCAGUAGGGUAAGACCACGUUAAAACCAGUUGCGACUGCUUCUGAAACCAACAUCGUGUGAAACAACCAUGGCAGUCACGUUCUGGUCUACAACUUCAUGUGUGUUUAAGUCUACUAUAACGCGAGGUUUGAGGAGAUAUGGAACUCCAGCAACUGUUAAAGCGGUGUUGAAAUCAGACCCCCUGGAACCUGACGAACCCAGUGUCCAAACCGAGAUCCCUGGACCUAGAUCUCGCGAGCUACUUAAGGAGCUAGACACCAUUCAGAACACGAAAGCAGUGCAUUUUUUUGUGGACUAUGAGCGAAGUCAGGGAAAUUACCUAACCGACGUGGACGGGAAUGUGAUACUUGACCUGUAUACUCAGAUCGCCUCCGUUCCUAUAGGGUACAACCAUCCGAGAUUGCUUGAUGCCCUGAUGAAGAAAGAAAAUCGGGCUACAUUCGUCAACCGCCCGGCCCUUGGGGUGUACCCACCGAGUGACUUGAGCUCGAGACUAAAGAAUGCUCUUCUUUCGGUGGCUCCCCCUGGACUGAACCAAGUCAUGACCAUGGCAUGCGGGGCAUGUUCUGUAGAACACAGCCAGAAAGCUAUGUUUAUCGCAUACCAGCGCCGCCAGAGAGGUGGGAAGCCUCCUUCUAUCAAAGAGCUCCAGUCGUGUCUUGAGGGAAAACCACCUGGAAGUCCAAAUCUGUCGGUCUUAUCGUUCAAAAAUGGUUUGCACGGCAGAACCAUGGGUGCCCUAGCUGUUACCCAUGCCAAGUGGGCCCUGAAGUUGGACUUUCCUGUGCCGGAUUGGCCUUGUGCCAGCUUUCCCACCUUGCAGUAUCCCUUAGAUCAGUUCGUACGGGAAAACCGGGCCGAGGAAGACCGUUGUUUAAAUGAGGUGAAGGAGCGUAUACAUGCUUGGGAAAAGAGGAACUGUCCUGUGGCCGGAAUCAUUGUGGAGCCGAUCCAAUCGGAGGGAGGGGACAACCAUGCCACUCCCUACUUUUUUCAGUGUCUACAGGACAUUGCCAAGGAAUGCGAAAUCCCUUUGAUGAUCGACGAAGUACAAACCGGAUGUGGCGCAACGGGAAAGUUCUGGGCUCAUGAGCACUGGGAUCUGGAGAAUGCGCCAGAUAUUGUGUGCUUCAGCAAGAAGAUGCUUACCGGUGGAUUUUACUAUAAAGAUCACUUACGACCUGAACAGGGAUACAGAAUCUUUAACACAUGGUUAGGUGACCCUUCAAAGUUGAUUUUCCUGGAGGAGGUGGUGAACCUGAUAAAGGAGGAGGGACUAUUGGUGCAAGUGCAAGAUACUGGAUCUUAUCUCAUCAACGGGUUGUACGACAUGCAGAACAAGUACCCCGGUUUACUCAGUAGGGCUCGCGGAAUAGGAACAUUUUGCUCCAUUGAUGUUAAGGACGCAGACACACGGGAUAAAAUUCUCCACAAACUCAUACAAAGAGGUAUUAACCUCGGCCCGUGUGGAAGUGUUUCAAUCCGAUUUCGGCCAACUUUGCUCCUGUCCAGGAAUCACGUGGAUAUCUUCAUAGACACCUUCGAUUCGGUUAUAGCCGAGCUUCAGCCUUGAACAGCUAACGAUAUUGACUCGCACGUGACCAUGAUUGAUCAUUAUUGAGUGGGAGGAUGAAUUUCUUUCGCAUUCACAGGACUCACUUGUUAUCUGUAGUUGACAGUGUUAGAUAGAAAGAAAAGUCUUCAUCUCAUCAAUAAGCUAGUCUUUCAUAUUUAGAAUGUUUCAAGUUUUCAUAUAUUGAUUUUUUUCAUAAAAAGAUCGGUACACA